CAUACAUGCCCAGCCACUAAGGUGUACAUGGCAUGUGGUCCAGCAGUUGAACCAACAUGUAAUACAAGAUAUAAUGAGAAGUAUUUGAACAAUCAAACCCAAAUGACCAAUAAGACAAAGGAGGGUUGCUUCUGUCCAUCUAAAACCGUCUUGUUCAGCACCUACUCUGAUACUUGUGUGGUCUCCUGUGGCUGUACAGGACCUGAUGGCAACCCCAAAAUGCCUGGUGAUACAUGGGAGAGUGGUUGCCAGCAGUGCACAUGUGACAUGGACUCCAUGAUUGUCCAGUGCCAGCCUAUCACUUGCCCCACACCAGCCAUACCCAUCUGCAAUGAGACUGGAUACAGAUUGGUGAACAAGACAGAAGGCUGCUGCCAGAAAUAUACAUGUGAGUGUGAUGCACUGCUUUGCCCCAAAGUCAUGAUGGACUGCCAGCCAGGGUGGGAGGCAAUUAUAAGCACGUCCAUCUCAAGCUGCUGUCCAGAGUAUACCUGUGUUCCUAAGAGUGUAUGUGUCUACAAUAACAUUGAGUACCAGCCUGGUGCUGAAGUUCCUAAAGGAACUUGUGAGAAUUGUACCUGCAGCUCGAUCAUGGAUCCUAGCACCAAGCUCAACAACAUUGUGUGCACAAAUAUCUCCUGCGACACUACAUGUUCACAGGGCUUCCAGUAUCAGGCCAUACCUGGUCAGUGUUGUGGGAAGUGUGUGCAGACAAGCUGUGUGGUUACUAUGCCAGAUAAGACCAAACAGACUAUUCAGGUGAACGAAACGUGGUCACCACCUGGUGACAAAUGUGUGAAGUACAYAUGUGAGGAAACUGGUGGCCAAUAUAUACCAGUGGAGGUGAAGACUGUGUGCCCUGCAUUCAGCCCAGAGAACUGUGUCCCAGGCACAGAAAAGACAGAUGCAAAUGGAUGUUGCAAGACCUGCACAGAACGCAGCAAUGUCUGUGAGAUGAAGUACACCACCACUAGCAUUGUCAUCAGUGGCUGUGCGACCGCAGAGCCUGUGGAGAUCAAUUCCUGCUCAGGAAACUGUGGAACCUCUUCUAUGUACUCAGCAGAGGCGAACACCAUGAUGCACUACUGCUCCUGCUGCCAAGAGGCGACCACUAGCCAGAAAGAGGUGGAGCUGAUGUGYCCUGAUGGGUCAAAGGUCAAGCACUCCUACAUCCACGUUGAGUCGUGUGGAUGUCAUGUCACAGACUGUGAUGCAGGCACGACCGCCGCCCCGGGGACGACGAGACAGCGCAGGAGAAGGCGCUAAACGUCUAGGGAGACAACAUGCACACUGAUAUCGCAAUUGUCCUCAUGACAUCGAAUGUUUUUGUCCAAAUUUGUUUUCUUGUUACGUUUUAAUUAAAUCUGUCAUGCCAGUGUAUUUCUACAAUCGGCAACACUUAGUGUUCGGUUCUUAUACCUUCAUUGUAAAAUGAAUGUAUUUUCUAUGAUAAAUGUAGUGGAGAAUCUCUUUUCUCAUUUGUAGUGAUUAAUAAACAACAGCAACUUCAA